GCCGCGUACCUUCCCUUCACCCCUCUCUGUACAAUGAACUCUUCCAAAUGCAUGAACUGCACGUGCACAGGUGUCAGUAUUGUGUGGCGCUGUUCACAUGCUGGGAGCUUUGUGAUUGAUCUCAAAAUGAUCAGUCGGAAAAGACAAGUGUUGUACAUUUUGUUCUUCAUCUCUGCAGUGUCCAUUUUCUAUAACAGCAACCACGUCUUCCACCAUUCCCCGUACAACGUGGCCCCGUACUCUCUAGUGAAGUCCCUCCACCUGACGCUGGAGCUGCCCCGAAACACGACGUCCAGGAGAGUCAUCGUUCAGAGCUACAUAAAACAUCUACAGUCACAACUUGCUCGGAGGGUUCACCAACAGUAUCAGCCAGUACCGUUUGAACUGUUAGAGAAAAUUUACAGAUCCAGACGGAGGCGCGCUAGGGAUAUAUGUCGAGUCCGCAGAGCUGGGAAAAUGAAGGCAGAUAAGCUUCAGCGUCAAAUUAGCAUCCUCAAAAAGCCCAAAUUGUUUUAUUGUGCUGUGCCCAAAGCGGGUAGUACUUUUUGGAGGCGUGUGUUCGUGGCAGUCAAAAGAAGGAAGUCUGGAAUAUCAUCCCCGUUCCUGUUUUCCUACUCUGAUUUUAUAACCAAAAAAUACGCUUUAGAUAUUAAACUGACAAAAUCUAACCGAGCGAAAGAUUUACAGAAGAUUGUCAAAUCUUCUUUCAAAUUCAUCUUUACACGUGACCCGUAUCAUAGACUGUUUUCUACCUACAUUGACAAAAUGUACGCCCCCAAUAGUGUAUUUUGGGAGUACACUGCCAAACGGGCUAUUAAGAAGGUGCGGUCUAAUGGACGGUAUUACACAGGAUGUGGAGCGGAUAUUACAUUUGUGGAAUUAGUUAAAUACUUGAACACGCUUCAUCCCAAUAACUACAACGAGCACCUUAUGCCAGCAACAGGGAAUUGUGAUGUUUGUGGUGUCGAUUAUGACGUCAUAGGCAAAAUGGAAACCUUUUCCAGCGACGCCAUGUAUAUUUUGAAUAAAACCGGUUUGCUCGGGAAACAAAUUGUUUUCUACGACAUGCGAACUGAGCAUAAAAUUGAUUAUAUCAUAGACGCCGUCGUCAGGGGUUUCCGUCUCAAGCAUGUAAGAAGGAGUGCUUGGAUCAACUGUGUCAGCACCCAUGCCGGAUACCAACGAAUAUGGCGACAGAUACAAAUUGCUGGACUGAUAGAAAAGACACGUGACUAUCCACUCACUUCCGCCGGAAGUGAAGCAAUCACUGUGACGGAAUAUAUAAACAUGGCACUUGAAGCCCACAGACAUUCCAGUGGCUUAUCCAUGUUGAACAAGAAGGAAGCGUACCUGCAGGCCUACGCACAGUUAUCGCCGAGAGACUUGGAAGCUAUCAGGGAGAAGUACCUUGAUGAUUUCUAUACAUUCGGGUAUCCUGAUCGGCCAACGGAACUUUUUGACAGAGCAAAUAAUUCUCAACAAGAUAAUGUGUUUGACUACUUUGACUUGUUGACAGAACAAUAAAACUGGUAUGAUUGGACUCAUUUACACACCUUAUUUGUCAAACGACAAAGUUAACAUUAACUUAGGCAGAUAUUGAUCAAUUAUGUUGAUAUCAUACAAAGCCAUAUGUGCGUUUGAUUAUUUCCUGGAAUAAUUAAUUAUUAUAAGAACCCGCAUCAAAGAUGUGUGUGAUGUAAAUAUGGUUCUCGGUGUGUCAAUAAAAGUAUGUACGGGA